AUGGCGCUGCGCAAGUCACCAGCAAAAACAAAUGCAUCUGAGUGUGUCAGGCAAAACGCGGAAAACGAAGGGUUCUCCAUAUAUAACCUACGGACCAGAGCCUUUUUUGGUGCAUCGUUUUUCGCCCUUUUAUAUAUCCUACUACUGAAUAUCUGCACAUGUGAAAGUGGUAAUAAUGGCCUCUCCCAAUUGCUCCUAAAUCAUCGACGACCAAGGUCCUUGUGUCAAAGAAUUAGGCUCACCACAUGUGGUCCUGUAGUAACUCAAGAUUUACCAAAUCCAUGUUGCAAAAAAAGAAACAACAAACCAUUACCCGGUGAAUCAGUGGAAGAAUAUUUGGACAGAUCAUGCGGUCGUGUGGAACUUACAGAUGAAAUGAUGGAUAAACUAAAAUCGUGUGACCCUGAUAUAACAGAAGAAGUCAUGUGCGCAAUAUAUUCAACUCUAUACAGUCAAUAUGUAUCAAAUUUUAGGGAUCUUAUGGAAUACUUGUGUAUGGCAACUUCUAUGUUAGCAGAUAUUUAUGAACACGAUAAAAGUUUUCAAAAUAAAUGUUGGCUCCAUCAACAUAAAAAACUUGGAAAAGAACUUAUAAAACUAUCAGAUAAGGAUGAUCAAGGCUUUAAACAAUUUCUAAAAGAAACUAAGAUCUGCACAAAAAGUGAUUUCGUCCAAUUUUUAGAUGAAUGUAUGAAUAGGUGGAACGAUUUUAUUAAGAAACACAAAGACGAAGCUUACGCCGAAUUGACAGAAGCUUUUCGAAGUGGUAAAUUGUAG